AUGAUAGGUUGUAGAAGAGAAAGACAACCAAAAGAUUAUAAUACAAAAAAAAAAAUAACAAAACUUAUUAAUACUAAUGAGAAAUAUUUGGAUUAUGAUGUAAUAAAUAUAAAAAAAAUUUUUGCUAAUGGUGCAGAAAUUAAUUUAUUCUCAGAAGUUUUAUUAUUUGAUGAUAAAAUUCUAUUUUCUGCUAUGUCAUUGAAGCUAGAAUCAAUUAUUGUAAGGCAUUUAUUAAAUCAUCAAAUAACUGAAAUUCAGUUUCUUGACAAUAGUGAAAAUAAAGGUGCAGCUUUAGUUAUAAAAUUUCAACCAAGAAAUAUUUUUAAAACUGUUUUUUAUAUGAUUUCAUCUGAAGAUUAUAAAAAAGAUUGUAUUGUACCAUUUAAAUUAAAAGCUAUCAGUUGUACAUCUAAUAAGAAUUAUGGAUCAAAUUAUAUUUUUAUUAUAAAAGAUGCUUAUUCAAUUGAAGAAUCAGAAAUAAUUUUGAAUAAUUAUUUAUUAUCAAAAAAAAGGGUUUCUGAGGAAUUUUUAAAAGAAGAUAACCAUGUAACUUCAAAAAAUUAUAAAACUUUGACGAAUGAUAUAAAAGGAAAAAUUUUUGAAUCAAAAAACGUGGAAACGAAUGGAAAAUAUGAUGUAAAUGUUGAGUCAUUUAAAUCAACAUUUGAGAAAGAAUGGCUUCAUUGUGAUAUCAUUGAUACUUACUUGAAUGAGUGGAGAAAACGUAUGGGUGAUAUAAUUUGUAAUCCUCUAGAAAAACAUUUUCCACGUGUUAAAAUUUACGAUACUUAUUUAUAUACAAGAUUGACUCGAGGAGUUACUUUUAUCUCAUCUAAUGAUCCUGAUUAUGAAAGAAAGUUUUUGAAACCAUUGAAUGAAAAUGUUCAAAGAAUUGCUGGUGAAAAAGUGUAUCGUUUUUCUUCUGAAUGUCUUUCAAUUUUUGAUUUUAAUAUUCUUAUCAUUCCUAUACAUAUUGAAGAUCAUUGGAUAACAGGAGUUAUUUACGAACCCGAAAAUUGUUUAAUAACAGAAACUCAAACAGAUAAUGAUAUUAUGGAAGUAGAUGAUAUUUAUUCUACUAUUCUUGUCUACGAUUCUCUACACUGUGAUCAAAAUUAUGCUUGUUAUAAUAUUUUAAAUAAAAAGUUACUCAAUGAUAAAUGGUUAUUUGAUGCAAAUAGAAUAAGAUUUGCUAAAAUAAAGAAUCCAUACCUUCAACAAAAUGGAUAUGAUUGUGGUUUAUUUAUGUUGGAAUUUAUUCGAAAAAUAUUAAUGAAACCAAUGUUGCUAAAAAAAUUGAUAGAUGGUCAUUCAAUGACAAAUGUUUUUCCCCAUUUUAACGUUGAUCAAAGUAGAAACUUUUUAAAAUCUUUCGUUUAUUCGAAAGUUCCAUUUGAAAAGUGGGCCGCUUUACGUGAGGUUGAACAAGACUUCUUAUUAAAGUGUUAUAAAAUUAAAAAAAAAUACAUUAGGGAAAGAUCAGUUGAGCAAAAAGUAAAUUCAAGUAUAUCAAAAGUUUCAAGGCGUUGUAAAAGUUGUUCUUUCUAA